AUGGCUACCAUUUUCUUAUUCACUAAAAACGUUUUUAUUGCUCUUGCUUUUGCUUUGUUUGCUCAAGGUCUUACUAUCCCAGAUGGUAUUGAGAAAAGAACCGACAAGGUUGUUUCUUUGGAUUUUACUGUUAUUAGAAAACCGUUCAAUGCCACUGCUCAUAGGCUCAUUCAAAAGAGAAGUGAUGUGCCAACUACAUUGAUCAAUGAGGGUCCAUCAUAUGCUGCUGAUAUUGUUGUUGGUUCCAACCAACAAAAGCAAACUGUUGUCAUUGACACCGGUUCUUCUGAUUUGUGGGUUGUUGAUACCGAUGCCGAGUGCCAAGUUACUUACUCUGGACAAACCAACAAUUUUUGCAAACAAGAAGGAACCUUUGAUCCAUCUUCUUCUAGUUCUGCUCAAAACUUGAACCAAGAUUUCUCCAUUGAGUAUGGAGACUUGACUUCGUCUCAAGGUAGUUUUUACAAAGACACCGUUGGUUUUGGAGGUAUUUCUAUUAAGAAUCAACAAUUUGCUGAUGUCACUACAACUUCUGUUGAUCAAGGUAUCAUGGGGAUUGGUUUCACUGCUGAUGAAGCUGGAUACAAUCUGUAUGACAAUGUGCCAGUUACUUUGAAGAAACAAGGUAUCAUCAACAAGAAUGCCUAUUCGUUGUACUUGAACUCUGAAGAUGCUUCUACUGGUAAGAUCAUCUUUGGCGGUGUUGAUAAUGCCAAAUAUACCGGGACUUUGACUGCUUUACCUGUGACUUCAUCAGUUGAAUUAAGAGUUCAUUUGGGUUCCAUUAAUUUUGACGGAACAAGCGUUUCUACCAACGCUGAUGUUGUUUUGGACUCUGGUACCACAAUUACAUACUUUUCGCAAAGUACUGCUGACAAGUUUGCUAGAAUUGUCGGGGCCACUUGGGAUAGCAGAAACGAAAUUUACCGUUUGCCUUCAUGUGACCUUUCUGGUGACGCAGUUUUCAACUUUGAUCAAGGUGUUAAAAUUACUGUUCCCCUUUCCGAAUUGAUUCUUAAAGACAGUGACAGCUCAAUUUGCUAUUUUGGAAUUUCCAGAAAUGAUGCUAACAUUUUGGGAGAUAAUUUCUUAAGAAGAGCUUAUAUUGUGUAUGAUUUGGACGAUAAGACCAUUUCCUUGGCUCAAGUCAAGUACACUUCUUCUUCAGACAUCUCGGCUUUGUAG